AUGCCCGCCAUGGAGUCGCUCCGCACCGCCGUAGAUAAUGCGCCACUCCUGGUGAACUUUUUGCGCCUCAUUCGCAAUGCGCGGUCCCCCAACUACAAGGACCAUGAGAAGGGCCCCGCCACAUUCCAUUUUGGUGGCCUUUCGAUGCGCGACACCGGUAGCUAUGAGGAGGCAGAGGAGCUUUGGCGUCAGUCCAGCUGGAGCAGCGGUGCGCUGGCGCCCAAUGCGGCCGCCCCCUUCCGCGGUCCGCUUCACCUCGUCGUUUAUCUCAACCGCUCUCCGGUGGAAGUGUGGACGCUGCAAGACUACCGUGAACCGGCGACAGAUCACUCUGUUCCGCGGGACUUUGAGCAGCUUGAGGCCCUCAAUACGCUAGUUCGUGUUCUUUUUGCCCAUCUGCGGUGUCAGGAUAUCUACAGCGUCGUGCUGCAGAGCUGCAUCACGUCAACCGCUGGCGCCAACAACCACUUUCCCACCUCCCCUCAAGGGCAGGAUGGAUCGCCGCCACACUCUCCCCUGUCCCGAAAUACGUCGUGGAGGACACGCACCCCUCAGACUCCAGCUAACCAGGUCUCGCUGCGCCUCUUUCGGUCUGCCGACGAAUGCCCAACAAUCCCAGUGCACGCACGGCGGCAGUAUCUCUGGUCUAGUGACGACUUCGUGCGCCUCGACGUGACGAUGAACCGCACAUGGCGACACCACACCUGGAUUCAGGCUGGCACGCAAGCCGCCUCACCUGUGCUAGUAGUCGGCGAUAGAGAGAGGGACGCAGCUGUCCAUGUGGCACGAGAGAGGUCGUCUCCAAUCUGCACUGGUGGCCCUGGUUUGCGUCACUUUGGUAGCGAAGCCGAUGGCCCCUCACAGGCGAUCUCAUUGGAGGUCAUGAACUCGCUCGGCAAGUCCUCUUUGCCCACCCCGUAUCUAGCACCGGCCCCUGCGUUGGCCCCCUCGUCACAUCCCUCCCGCAGCUCUGGGAUGACUCUGUCACCCCUGAUGCCCGGUGCCCGGCUGUCUCCAGCGCAAGGUGUGUCAGAGUUUGCUCUCCCGCCCGCCGAGUUGUCGGACCUAUUCGACGGCGAUCGGUCGCGGCGGUCGCGUUCCAGCCCUCCGAUGACACACAGCAGCGUCUUCGCAAGCAGCCAUCCAGCGGGAGGCGGUGGUGGUGCAACACACACGACUGCCCAGGGAGCUGCACAUCAGGUGGAGGACGCGGUGUGGUUGUCAAACGCACAGCACGUGCGCCGCAUGGGCAUGCUCGUCUACUCUCGCAAGCAAUCGCCAUCCUCGUCCUCGUCGCCCUUGGCCGGGAAGAAGGCGAGGAGCGGCUUCACCCAGCAGAUACCCCAGAUGGGGUCGCUUGUGCCGUCCACCUCUAUUGGCGCCCUUUCCGGCAUCGACAUUGACAAGCGGUUUCUCUCCGACGUGAAUCUCGAGGAGCUCGGAGAGGAGACCACUUCGCCGAGGAUCUCCACGAGUGCGCCGAGCAAUACGGCCACGGAGCAGCUGAUUUCACUUCUGGGUCUCUGCUCCAAGGUCAAGCUUCAGCACGUGCAGCCAGCCCCAUUUGGGGAGUUGGUACUUUUCCUCAACCUGCGUGAAGUUUCCUAA